UUGCUGGGUUUAUGUGCUUUGAAAUCAUAACGUGGAAUCAACAUGGACACCAUAGAGAUAUGUUCAAUAUUGCCCCAGACUUGUUGCUGCAUUAGUAGACUAUAUUACCUAAAAUUAUUCCACCUAAAAUUCCACUUGUUAUCAGGUUUAAUGCUAAUAAAUAACGUUUCUAACUAAUAUAUGACACUAUGUGGACAGCAACUCAUGGUUAUGACUAAGUAUCAUAUUACAACUCGCAUAUGAGCAAUAAAUGGAUCUGCAGUAUGUGAAUUAGUGAAAGGUUUAUCACCAUUAACCACACAUUUACUUAAGUCAAUUUAACAAAUUGUGUAGGCUACACGUGAAUUUCACAGUUAAGUGUUAGUUUUUCUGAUUAUUCCGAUAGUACAUGAACGUAACAUAACUGUCAGAGACUGCCAUAGGAGACUGCAGAAAAACAAGAUAAACGACUUUGACAGACACGCCUCCGACCAAUCAGAUCGCUGCUGACUUUCAUUUCCCACUUUUAAGCCAAUCGCCGCAGUGUAUCAAUAAAGUCGUCCCAAGUCCGGUUGUCUCAAGACUUUCCACUGCACGGUGGUACAGUACGUACUGUCCGGACGUCAAGACGUCAACAAGCUCAAAUGGGCCGGAAGCUCUGAAAGUGAACCUUCAAAAUAAAAACCCACUGGAGCGGGGUGCAGACAUUUUAAAACGUGCGGUGGUUCCCAAAGUGAGGUCUGCAGAAAUGUAUUUUCACAAUAAUUCCAUCCAUACGAAACACAAUUACAGAAUACAUGACUGUUGUUGGUCAUGGGCUUCAUACUUUCUGUAAUAAACCAUCUAAAAGCAAAAAUCUUAUUAGAUGGGAGACCGUGGUUUGAUUUGUGUCACUUCAGGGGUCCUUGAUGAGAAAAGGUCUGAGAACCAUGUAGCUGGUUGAUUUGACACCUGUCCAUCUUUUUAAGCACAAUUCUUCAAUUCUCUAUCUGAAAAUGUACAAGUACAAAAGUGAAUAUUGAUAAAUUGCUAAUAAUUAGGCGGCAGGUAGGUCAGAGGUCAAACAGUCAACUGGCAUGCAAAACAGUUGUUUUGGAUUAAUUUCGACAAUUGACUGGCAGCUUAAUCAUCAAUUUCUUUAAAUGUCAAAGUCUUGAAAUGUUCACACAGUAUUUCUAAACAAGUUACUGUAAAUAAUAGCCUAUGUGAAAUUCUUGAGAGUGAUGAAAAAACAGAAAGCGCAGUAUUAUUGUAUAAGGCUGUAUAACAAAGCCCCACUUCUUUUUGUUUGUUUCUAGGCCUACGGGUAUUUUCCGUAGAUAUGUUACUGCAUCUGUUUUUCUAAAUUAUUCUAAGGUUAGUAGGCUGAAUUUUUAGUUAAGACAAAAGACAAAGAAGUACAGAGAAUAUAAACCAUUUUUAUAAAUUAUAAAAGAUGACAACUCAUCCUAUAAAUUAAUUAGUAUAUCAUUGUUACCCUCCCCUUGGCGGAUUUGUUUCCUAGGAUGGCGAAGGCAUGGCUCGCCCAAAUCUUUCUCUGACUGGCUCAUCCUGAGAUUUUUACCCUAAAUCUAACCAAUAACACUCGUCAUGCCUUAACCUAACCAAUACAAAUAAUGAGGGCAACGAGUACUAGCCAAUCAGAGGCAUAGUCGGGAGGGUCAUGUCUUCGUCAUCCUAGGAAAAAAUUUAAUACCCUCCUGUUGAUUUAUUCAGAAAGAUAUAGGCGGAAGUCCUCGUUUGACUCUGACAAACUUGAUGGUGUCGAACGGCUCUGAGUUAGCAACAAUGUAGAUCCAGGAAGCCCUCUGGAGAGCAUAUUGUCUGUGUGUCCCUAUCAUGUAAAUCUAUGGACAUUAAUUUAUCGCGUCGUUUCUCUGCUGGGACACAUGUAUACUGCUGUCAACACUGCUGCCGAUGAAAUGGUCCUGUGGUUUCAUCUGAGUCUAAAUCUAGCGGUCACAGCCAGGCUUCAUCAUUAAACUUUCAAAAUGAGGAUUUUCAUUUCGUCUCUGCUGAAAAACACCAACCCCAAAAUCGAGUAUUACUCCAGGUUUUCACCGUCCCCGCUCUCCAUCAAGCAGUUUUUGGAUUUUGGGAGGGAGAAUGCGUGUGAGAAAACGUCGUAUAUGUUCCUGCGUAAGGAGCUGCCGGUACGACUCGCCAACACAAUGAGAGAGGUCAACUUGCUACCUGAUAACCUGCUCAGCCAGCCCUCUGUCCGACUGGUCCAGAAAUGGUACAUGCAGAGCUUUGUGGAGCUGUUGGAUUAUGAGAACAGAAAGCCAGAGGACCCUCACGCUCUGAAUGACUUCUUGGAGCUCUUAAUUGAGAUCCGUAACCGUCACAACGAUGUGGUUCCCACCAUGGCUCAGGGGGUCAUAGAGUACAAGGAGAGGUUCGGCUUUGACCCCUUCAUCAGCAGCAACAUCCAGUAUUUCCUCGACCGCUUCUACACCAACCGCAUCUCGUUCCGCAUGCUCAUCAAUCAGCACACUCUCCUGUUUGGUAAUGACACCAACCCAGCUCAUCCAAAACACAUCGGCAGUAUUGAUCCCCACUGCAGUGUGGCUGAAGUUGUCAGGGAUGCCUACGACACAGCCAAGAUGCUUUGUGAGAAGUACUAUUUGGCUUCUCCUGAGCUCAAGAUUGAAGAGUUCAACAUGAAGGCCCCUAAAAAGCCCAUCCAAUCGGUGUAUGUGCCCUCUCAUCUGUUCCACAUGUUAUUUGAGCUGUUCAAGAACUCUAUGAGAGCCACUGUGGAGCUUCACGAGAACAGUAAUGAGGGAUUACCACCGGUGAAAGCAAAAGUCACUCUGGGUAAAGAGGAUCUCUCCGUAAAGAUCAGUGACAGAGGAGGAGGAGUUCCACUGAGGAAAAUAGACCGUCUGUUUAACUACAUGUACUCCACUGCUCCUACACCAAGCCUGGAGCCAGGCGCUGUCCCACUGGCUGGUUUUGGCUAUGGUUUACCAAUUUCUAGGCUCUAUGCCCGAUACUUCCAGGGGGACCUGAAGCUCUAUUCUAUGGAGGGCGUGGGCACAGAUGCCGUCAUCUAUCUGAAGGCCCUAUCCAGCGAGUCCUUCGAACGCCUGCCAGUCUUCAACAAGUCAGCGUGGCGUCAUUAUAAGACCAGCCCCGAGGCAGACGAUUGGAGCAACCCCAGCAAAGAGCCGCGUGAUGCCAGCAAGUCCAAAUACAAAGCCAACAGAUAACUCGCUAGUCCGGCCCGCUAGCCUGGCCCUUGUCUGGGAGCCUAAAUGUCCGCACUCUGCCUGGAGCAUGUUCGAUGAAAUGUUGCCCUUGGGUAGAAAACUUUGCUUUAGGAUCAGUCUCGUUUUAACAUUCCAGUGGUUGAACCUUUGGAUAAGAUGGAUAAUCUUGACGUAUAUCUGUACCCAAUGGCAAUGACCUUCAUCAUGCUAGCUUUCAUUGUUGUGGCAUUACCAUUUGUUCUCCUAAAACAGACAUUAAAAUGAACCUCUUCAAAAUGAUAGAUCCCCAUUCCCUAACCCUACUUCAUAUCUGUCCAUUUAGCCAAAUGACUCCCAUGAAUCUUUACUAACGUGGACCCCAUUUUCUCCUCUUAUCGAACUAUUUUUUCAAGCUAAAUUCAUUGCAUCACGGUUAUCUCUCCCUCCGUCACACACAGUUUAGCUUGUCUUUGGUUUGCUGACUCGUCCAUGGCUCCCUGUGGCUGAAUAAGCCUUGCACUGCUGAUUGAGUGUCUUUCUCAUCAUCAGUGAAGGCUUGUAUUCUGUUUCUCCCUCUUCACACACAAGCAGAGUUGGGAGGGGAGCGGGGGGGUUGAGUUUCAGUGCAACUGGGGUGAGGAGGAGGUUUAAUUUCCUUCCUUUGGGAGACACUUUUGACCGAACGCACAAGUAGGCCAGUGUGUCAUUGGCAUAGUAAAGACUUGUUUUUGUUGCACUCUAUUUAAACUUUGGGGGUGGGGUGGGGGGGGGGGGUGAUUGUCUAGUUUGCUGCAAAGUAAAAGAGAGGAAAUUAUAGCUUUGUUUGGAAAAUAACAGGAAACAAUGCAUCAGAAAUAACUUUAUUUUUAAAAAUCUAGAAGUCAGUGAGAUAAAGCCUUACUUCUGAAUAUGUAUAUUUAAUGUUUUAAAAAGUCUGCCUUGAAGGCUCCAUUGGAACAAUAAGAUCCUUUUAUAAAGGGAAAAUGUUAAAAAGGAAGUUUUUUUGUUAAUUUUGUAGUACAAACAUCCACCUUCAGCAAUUCUAACUCUCAUCAGGCCGUUCUGCUUGCAAGCCGCAACUUGACUCAAACGUUAACCAAGCUCUGCAGCAUAUUUUAGCAAACACUAAAGACCAAAGGAGUGUCUUCAGGACGCUUAUGUAACGCCACCAUGCCAGCUUUGGCAUGUAGCAUCUACCGCACCAGCAUCAUGUAUUGUACGAGCCCUCAGAUAGGGAUUUGGACCUGUUGCAUCUAAUGAGGACUGUGAAAGCAGGAUUACAUCAGCACACUUUCUUCUUUCCAUACGUCAACGUGCAAACAGCAUAGACUGGCCACAGUGGACACAGAGCAUGCUCAGAUGUCGCUUGGACUCCUAACAAUGCUGUACCCAGUCAGCCUCGCUUCUUGCUUCUAGUAUUAUUAAUCUUAACAGUCUUCUGAAUGAGUUUGAACAAAGCUUGUGUAUUUUAACAAUGUGCUAUUGUUUGAUAAUCAUGAGUUGAAACAUCAAAAUUAGAGGAUGCAGCUAAAAUGCAAAAGAAAUGAAUAGCAGACAUGUUGUAAUUGAUUUUAUCCAGGAACAAAGGCACCAUUGAACUACUUUUUCAGCAUUGUAUACUGUUUUCUUCUGUAUAUUUUUUGACAUUGGAACAGGAUUACUUUAUACGAUCUUUUUAUAAUUUUUCCGAUUACUUUUUUAAAGUGUGUGGACCAGCCACUUCAUGUUUAUUUCUUUAUACUAUAGGAAACCAAUCAGCUUAUAAAAAGUUGAGUGUUUGGAGAAGCCAGCAGGAUUAAAUGUGGUACUCGGUACUGAAAAUUGCAUCAAAUCAUCAGACAUUAAUCAUAUUCAGGCACUAAAUUAGCGCACUUUACUAAUAGUACACAUAUAUUUUUCCUUCAAAUAAUAGUGUAUACUAUCAUUUAAGACCUCUAUUAAGUAUUUCUGUAUUAAUAGAAGAUAGAGUGUUUUGAAAUGAGUGAAAUAGACCAAAUCUUAAUGAAACAUUGCUCAAACCUGGACCCAGAGGUUAGAGCUUUCCACAUCGUCUAGACAACAGGGAAUUUCAGAUGAAGUGACUUCCUUUUCUCAUCUCCUUUAGAGCUCCAUCUGACGUGAAAAGAAAGGGCGCAUAAAUGAAGACAUUUGAGAGACGCUUCAGUAUGGAAAGAUUCCUCAUCCUGUAGGUCCUCAGCUUUUAGCCACACUGUAAGAUUUCAUCACUGCCAAUGCCUUCGUAACCUGCCAGUCUAACUGAGUGUGACUCUCAGUGGCACCCCUGUUGUAAAGGAAGUGCUGUGUUGUAGAGACAACUGUCCUCAUUUAAAAGCCUUGGUUCAUCGUAUGUGAUUUAGAGGCCCGAGGAUCUUCCAUCUUCAGUUGUUGUCAACCACUACUGUUCAAGACUGUCUCUGUACCUAUGGUGUGUAUAUAUAACUACGAAUAACGUAUUUGCUGUAUACUGUAUGCAGCCAGUGUGGAGUGAUCGCUCUGUUUCCCAUCCUAGUGUACUUCCAGCUUUAAAAAAAACCAUAUUUGUAUGCAUGAGCUCCUCACUGUGGAGGCAGUCGUGCAAAGAUAUGCAAUUAAUGCGACAUCAAGAGGCACCAAAAGAGUGCUAGAGCAGUCCAACAAUGUGAUUCAGCAUGAGAUCAACUUACAAUAUCUAUUGUCAAAAUUGACAAUAAAGGAAAUUGCUGUUGUGUGU